GAUGAAUCCUAGUUGGACUGAAAUAGCCCCACCUUGUGUGUCUCCUCUUUCUUAUCGAUAAGACUUUGACAUCGAGUCGAUUAGUUAAUUCGUCAAUCUCGACCAACCAAACCCAAUCACUAAACUCCCCAUCCCAUCCAAUGAGAACACAGCCUCAUCCUUGGCCUGCGUGGUAUCAUAUCAUUCAUUACCUUUGAACUUCACUUCUUCAACAUCACUUCAACACUCGAUUAUUCGGAAUACCGCUUCAAUCGCCCACUUCGCGACCGCACAAGUUUAGGAUUUUUAAGACCUCAUCUUCCGCCCCUCGCACGGGACCCUCGGUCCUCCAGGCCCUACAAUUACCCAUCCUCUCCCCUCGUCUCUUGCUCAGCCUCACCCUCCCCCUCCCUAAAAUGGGUAACUGCUGCAGUACUUCCGAUCCCUCCCCCUUCGACCAACCAGGCAGGACUCUCUCCUCGGCACCUCCAAAAAGUAGCCCUCCUCCAGCAGCCCCCAAAUCCAGCGUGCCGCGCACUGUCGGUGGUCCACCACGGACAGUCGGUUCUGGUUCUACGAAUAGCGGAUCAAAUGCACAAGAAGAUGCUAGAAGGAAAGCUGCUGAAGCUGCUGAGGUAUUUUUUCUCUCUUUAAUCCCUUUCUCUUGACACUCGCCCCUCCCAAACUCACGCUUUCCUCCAUACCCCUAUAACCAAACUCCUUCUCCCCUCCUCUCACAAUCAAGUCUCCAACCAAAGUUACAAGUAAUCAAAUACACACAUAUAUACUAACAGCUCUCCCCUCAAAACAGGCACGCCUUAACUCCAAAAAACCCAAAGGAACACUAGGCAAAAAGCUCGCAGACGAACAAUCCCAAACCCUGGAAACAACACGCAAAAACGCAAGUGCAAUCGAGAGACAAGUGAGAGAUGCAGAUGCGGCAGCAAACGCUAGGGCUUUUAAUUAGUCGGUGAUCGCGGAAAUCAGAUGAAGCAGCAGAAAAAAGAGGCAUAGAAGAACCUAUCAGAACGGAACGGAAAUGACAAGAUGACGGAGAAACGUUAAUAUUACCUGGUAUUAUAUAAACCAGAGGAGUUACCAUUACUAGUACAGGACAAAGGAAGAAAACGGGAAGGUGUAUUGGGAUAUAUCCAUCUUUUAUUUUCUGUAUCUUUUUCAUUUUUCCUUUUUCUUUCCUUCUUCUCCUUAUCCUUGCGCACAUUGAAUAGAUAAUCUAUAAUCGGGAGUAAACACGUUUUGGGUAAAGAUGGGGAGUUUUAGAAAUAUAUGGGAUGGAUUCCUGACUGCUUGUUUAUUCAUUCUACUUACUUCAGAGGUAGAUUUUAGGAUACGAUACGAUAUGAUAGGAUAGCAUAGGAUAGGAUAGGAUAAGAUAAGAUAAGAUAUUUAUGUAUACAGUGAAGAAAGAAAUUCGAAACAAGGGAUGGAACUCAAAUAUUUCAAAUACCCAUCUAAGAUUACCUACCCAGUAUGUAUUUAUCAAGAUUGGGACUAUGCAUAAAGGAAUAUGUAUGUAUGUAUGAAUG